UCCAGCCUUGGGUUUACUGUUAGAAAACAAAGCUAGCUGGCGUCCCUGUUGUCACUCCCAAGCUCUCUUCUGUAUUUGGUUUAUUCCUGCUUAGCGUUUAUCACCACCUGACAUACGACCGUAUGUAUUUCACUUGCUCAUUUUCAACUUUGUUUCCUUUCACUAUACGGAAGCUCCACAGAGGCAGGUAUUUUUGUCUUUGUUCAGUGGGAUCCUCAGUGUUUAGAACGAGGCCUGGCACUUAGUAGGUUAGGUAUCUGUGGAAUAAGUGAGUCCUGGCUUUAUCACCACCUUAUACGGUUAUGGCUCCACACUUCUCAACCGCAGAGUCUGAUGCAUUUAAUGCGUCUCCCUCAGCUUUCCGGGAGGGCGUUCUGCAGAGAGCUGAGGGCCCGGGCUGCUGACCAGGGAAGGGGAGGCUGAGGCAGGCAGGUCCUGACUCGGCGCCUAGCCUGGUCCGUCUCAUCUAAUCACAAGGGGAACCACUUCGAGAGGCUUCAAAGGCGCUGGCAGAGAUGGAUCGGUGGCGGGAAGUGCUGUCCUGGGUUCUUCAGUGUUACCAGGUUCCUGAGAAGCUGCCCCCCAAAGUCCUGGAGCUGUGUGUUCUUUUAUACAGCAAGAUGCGAGAGCCUGGAGCUGUGCUGGAUACGGUCUGGGCUUGGCUCCAAGACGCUGACAACCAGGGCCUUCCAGAGUACAGAGCCUUAGCGGAACUUCACCUGCAGCGGGUGCUGCUUCCUCUGGGCCACUUGUCGGAGGCUGAAGAGCUGGUGGCGGGCUCUGCAGCGUUCAGUGAGGAGCGGCGGCUGGACGCACUUCAGGCCAUUAGCACGGCGAGGCAACAGCAGAGACACGGGCAGUCCGACUCCGAGGGGACCCAGAAGCUAAACCAGGAAGGCUCCUCCUCCCACAAGUUCCUGUCACUACUGACGUGGCUUCGCCGGCUCUGGGACUCUGCAGUGAGGCACUUCUUUGCCCCGCCCUUCAGAAGGAGCCUCCUGGCUGCCUUGCUCCUCUGCCUCUUGGUGGUGAGGUUUGACCCCGAGAAUAUGGAAAAUAGAGAAAAGUAUAGAGGAGAAAACAGAAAUCACCCCUUCUCCCACUUCCCUGCCCUUCCUCUACAACCUGGCUCAGAUCUUCCAUCGGAUCCGCAAGGCCGUGACUUCUCCUCUCUGCCGGCUUCCCGUCCACGACUGAGUGGUCUUCCUGCUCACCUUGACGCCCUCGUCCCCAAGGCUGCCGGACAAGCAGAGCCAGUCGUCCACGGCAGCCUGUUUCUUGCAGCUGGAUGGGCCCUGACGGUGCGGCCAGCCUCAUUCUAGGAGGAGCUGACCUGGCCCAGGCACUGUAUCUUGCUGCCUGAAUGCCCUCCCCUUUGUGCCCCACUUUGGCCAGCUUGGCAGGUGGUGUGGAAACAAGAUGCACAGCCCUGCGGAGGCCCCUUGCACAGGAGGGGUUCGGGAAGGGAGAGUGCUUUGUCCUUGAAACAUUUCGUCUUCCUGCAAAGGCAGGGGUUUGAUUUUUCAGGCCAGGGUGUUCAUGAAGCUGGAAGUUCAGAACAAGGUGCUGGUGGAGGGACCUUGGCCUUUCACUUGCUUGGAACACUUACCUCUGAAGGUCGCCCCCAGCGCAGGCCCUCCCCCUGGCAGGGUGGGGGCUCCACAGUCCGGGCUGGAUUAUCACUACCCCUCCCCGAGGUGUACAGCGGGCCCACUCUCUGCUCAGAGCAGGCAUGGCUUCCUGAGCCUGAGCCCCCGGUGCACUUCUCACUGGGUAAGGGGAUCUGGCCUGCUGCCUCCUGGGCUUCAGCUCAGUUUUCCAGGUUGUCAGUGGCCAGGUGGGGCUCUGUUACACCCGUGUCUCUGCCCUCUCUCCCUCCUGUCAACUCCUUCCCCUGCCGUGCGGCAGUUGCGCUUUGUCCGAUGGCUGUCUCCCAGGUUCUGCCUGCAUCCUUGCCUCCUUGGUACACACCUUUGCCGGUUCCCCCCUUCCUAUGCCCCGUUAUUCUAGUUAUAUUCUGCUGUUGGUAUAACACACAAGUGUUUCUGCUUCUGUGACCUUGAAAAGUAGGCCAGUCUCAAAGGCUGAUGAGCUGAAAAUGGAGCGGGGUAGCCAAGUGAGCUGGAAGCAUGUAUGGAGGGGGCUGGGUGGAGGGAGGCUCUGUAGGCAGCGAACAAUUUUAUUCCUGUGCGGGGAGGAGACACUGGGGCCUAGGGGUUGAACAGCUGAAAUGUUUCAGUGCUUCCUGUCAGUGGCCACAAGAAUCCUACCUGUUUCCAUGUGAGGACAUGCUGGCGGGU